UUUUGAUAACAGUAGAAGGAAGAGGUAGCAGCACAGAGAAGGAGGAGGAGCAGAGAAAAUGUUUAAAACGAUGGACACGAGAGAAACACAGCAACGAAACGGAGAGUAAAAGAGAGAGUGAGAAUUUGAGAUCCAUUCUUACAAGUCAAAUGGUAAUGGACACCGCCGAACCCCUCUCCGGUGAGCUCCGGCGAGGAGAGUCUCAAUUGGAAUCCGACGAUCCGAAUCGACCCGUACUGACGCCCAAUUCUGCCGCUGCCGGAGCUCCGGUCACCGCCGGCGCGAGGUACAAGCUGAUGUCGCCCGCGAAGCUUCCGAUCUCGAGGUCGCCGUGCGUCACGAUUCCGCCGGGGCUUAGUCCCACGUCGUUUCUGGAGUCGCCGGUGCUGCUCUCGAACAUGAAGGUUGAACCUUCACCGACUACAGGAUCCCUUCCUAUGCUUCAUCAAAUAGCACAUGGCUCUGUGACUUCUGCUGCAUCUGCUACUUUUCCUGUAUCUACUUCAUGCUUCAAUACCAAUACUGUUGAUGACAGAAAAUCCAGUUUCUUUGAGUUUAAACCACACAGUAGAUCAAAUAUGGUUCCUGCAGACUCUGACAACCAUGCAAGUGAAAAAUCUAUGCAAAUAGAUGGUCAAGGAAAAGCUCAAUCUUUUGACUCAUCACCAUUAGUCAAAAGUGAGAUAGCAGUCCCUUCAAACGAAUUAAGUCUAUCAUCACCAGUUCAACUGGUUAGUUCAGUAGCUAGUGCUCAUGUUGAAGGUGAUUUGGACGAAUUGAACCCUAGGAACAACAUAGCAUCUGGGCUUCAAGCAUCACAAGUUGACAGUAGAGGCAAUGGAAUUUCAGUUACAGCUGAGAGAGUAUCUGAUGAUGGAUACAACUGGCGAAAAUAUGGACAAAAACAUGUUAAAGGAAGUGAAUUUCCACGCAGUUAUUAUAAAUGUACACAUCCUAAUUGUGAAGUGAAGAAAUUAUUUGAACGCUCUCAUGAUGGACAAAUCACUGAGAUAAUUUACAAGGGAACACACGAUCAUCCUAAACCUCAACCUAACCGCCGAUACUCUGCUGGAACUAUUAUGUCUAUGCAAGAAGAGAGAUCUGAUAAGGCUUCUUUGACUAGCCGAGAUGACAAAGGAUCCAAUAUAUUUGGCCAGAUAUCUCACACAGCUGAGCCUGACAGAACUCUAGAGCUAUCACCUGUAGCAACAAAUGAUGAUAAUCUAGAGGGUACAGGGUUUUUGUCAAGCCGGAAUAAUGAUGAGAUUGAUGAUGAUGAUCCCUUCUCAAAACGAAGAAAAAUGGAUCUUGGAAAUGCUGACAUCAUUCCUGUAGUUAAACCUAUCCGGGAGCCACGUGUUGUUGUACAAACUCUGAGUGAGGUUGAUAUAUUAGAUGAUGGUUACCGCUGGCGAAAGUAUGGGCAGAAGGUUGUGAGAGGCAAUCCUAACCCUAGGAGUUAUUACAAAUGCACUAACACUGGUUGCCCAGUUCGAAAGCAUGUGGAGAGGGCAUCUCAUGAUCCAAAAGCUGUGAUAACCACAUACGAGGGUAAACACAAUCAUGAUGUACCAACUGCAAGGAAUAGCUGUCAUGACAUGGCAGGACCAGCAACUGCAGGUGGACAGACAAGAAUUAGGCCAGAUGAGAGUGAUACCAUUAGCCUUGACCUCGGGAUGGGCAUUAGCCCAGCUGCUGAAAACACGUCAAACAGUCAAGGUAGAAUGAUGCUUUCUGAAUUUGGAGACAGUCAAACUCGCACCAUCAAUUCCAAUUUUAAGUUUGUUCAUUCUACUACGGCUCCAGCAUACUUUGGUGUUAUAAGUAACAACUCGUAUGGUUCUAGAGAAAAUCCCACUGAUAGUCCAUCUUUAAACCAUUCUGCUUAUCCUUGCCCUCAGAACAUGGGAAGAAUACUAAUGGGUCCUUAAAAUUGGUUGCACAACAACAAAAAAAAAGAAUAAUGAAAUUCUGAGUUCCAUUUUUCUUCUUUUUUGGCGGGUAAAGCUUUAAAGGCAGGGCUCCUCAUUUUCUCUUUGGAAAUGCUGAUAGUUCUUUUAUGUUAUUAUCAUUAUAUGGGAGCUGCUCUUUAUUAGGAUUAUUAGUAGCUGUGCCCCUUCAGGUUGACUUUUAAAUCUAGUUGCUGUUUGUAUAAUUAUAUACAGAUUCUUCUGUACAAAUAUGAAGCUUAUACAAAGUUGCUUCAACAAAAAUCCUUGUAAAAGUGUUUGAAUUGAAUUCAACUAUUUAUAAGUAGCUUCUGGCAUGUUCCUGAACCCCUGUAAAUUCAGUUGAUAGCCAUAGUUUCUCAGCCUUGGUCAUAAGGCAGACAUACCCAGAAUGUCAAAACAAAUUAUGUAAUUUUAUGUAGCGAAAUUCAAUGGAAUUCUGAAUUUGUAGUUUUGUACACGGUUGGUUUUCUAG